GCACAUCCCCAAUAACUCUCUCUUCGUCGUCAGCCCUUCCCUUCGCCUUCGCUCGAAAUGUCUUCCGACCUUUGCCCCGUAUACGCUCCCUUUUUUGGUGCCAUGGGCUGCACAAGUGCCAUUGUAUUCGCAUGUAUUGGUGCCAGUCGCGUCUCGGCGCUUCAGCCUACUCUCCACUGGAAAGGACGACGUCAGGAAGUGCAAUAUGGGCUCAUUGUAUUACUUUGGUGGUUCAGUUACGGUACCGCCAAGUCCGGUGUUGGUAUCUCCGCCAUGGCAGUCCUGCGACCUGACCUCAUGAUGAAGAACGUCGUCCCCGUCAUCAUGGCUGGUAUCAUUGCUAUCUACGGUCUCGUCGUAGCUGUUCUCAUCUCCUCCAACCUGGAGCCUAUCAUGCCUCUGUACCAAGGGUUCGUCCAACUCGGUGCCGGUCUUUCCGUCGGUCUCGCUGGUCUCGCUGCUGGAUUUGCCAUCGGUAUCGUCGGUGACGCUGGUGUCCGUGGAACUGCUCAGCAGCCACGGCUGUUCGUCGGCAUGAUCCUCAUUCUCAUUUUCGCCGAAGUUUUGGGUCUUUACGGCCUCAUCGUUGCCCUCAUCAUGAACACCAAGGCCGCUGGCAGCGACAUCUCUUGCACAUAAAUCAUCCCGGGAUUGAUGCUGCACGCUCCAAGGCGCGGUGUUCUUCAGGACCUGCGCUGAGAGUGUAGCAGCGUACCUGAUGCGAUGUGAUGUGCUGUGGAUGAUCGAAUGGAACGGACUUUGGAUGGUGGAUGGUGGAUCGCUGUGCAGUGUUGCUGUCGUCGGUGGUGUUGUGUAGUGGGCCAUUUCGAGCUUCUGAGCUUGCUGACCGCACUUUUCGCUUGCUUUGAAUCCAAAUCCGCAUCUCUAUCUCUGUUUCAUUCACUCUUCCAACUCAGUUUCCUCGUUCACUAAGUAGCUUCUGCUCGCCCCCUAAUUCUGAACUCGGCAUAUGUGAAUAUUUAUGGAUCCCUUUGCG